AUGGCCUCGCUCACCCACAAAUUCCUCCCAUUCCGCCAUCCUCGCCCUGUGAAGCGCAAGGGAUGGUCGACCAGCGUCAACCAUGGUCACCGUGCGGUCGUGGGUAUCUGCACCUGUGGCAAACAUCACCCCAGGCAGAUGUCUCUGUGUUUGGUCUUGCCACGACAUCGAUUCGGGUCAAGUCGGUUCAACACCAUCGUAUUACUCUUUCUGCGAUUGUUUUACCACGCAGGGUCGUUCGAGAUGGCACCGGCGGCGGCGACCACGUUCGAGGUGCCGAAACUGUCCAGCACCUCGUCGGUAAUGGAAGUCUCCGACACGACAGAGUCUGAAAAGACACCGAUCGUUCAUCGCGGGGGGGUGCCCGAACUUCUCAACUCGUAUCGAAAGUUGUCCACGCAAGAAUGGCUCCGACGUUUGUCGAACCUCCCCGAAAAUCUCGCCGACUGGAAGGUCUGCUCGAUCACCUGGAUCAAGGCCCUCGCGUCACCCUUCUCGCACGAGUUUUUACAGUUCGUCGUGCAGGACGUCCGAAGCGGUCGACGUACCCGACUCGCCGCAGGGCGCGAAGAGGACGGAGAUUGGGUCCUCGUCGGGUGGGAUUGGGCUUCGGGAGAGACACCGUCGGACCACUACAAGCUCCCUUUACCUCUGUUGAGCCUGGAGUUCGACGACCGUCGGACGAGGCCGAGCAUGUUCGAGUUGGCCGGUGUCCUCGCCGCCACGACACGACGGCGGCCUCAUUAUAGGUUUCGACGAGAAAUGUGUUGGUGGUACGCCGAGACGGUCUUGGACGAGAUGAGUGCCAAACAUGGAGGUUCCGUUACCGAAUGGCGGUGGUCUAGGUAUAGGUAUUCCUUUGUCGUCAAGACGACCUUGAUCCGGCGGAGCACACUUACACGGCACGCGGAGGCCUUCAAGGCUCGACUGGCCGCAGAGAUGAGUUACUAA